AUGACUAAAUAUGACAGCCAAGGAGUUCCAAUUUUGGGAUUUCAUAAUCCUGCGGGGACAAUUCUUUACCCCAACGGCCUUUACUCCUAUUCUAUCGGCAACACAAGAGCGAGAGAUAUCACAGAGUUGUUAGGAACUUCGAAGAAACAACAUUUAGACUUGCUGCUUUUGGCUUCCGGUGAUGUUAGAAACGUUUUUUAUACUGUGUCUGAAAUUUCGCUAAGGAAAGCUAAGGAAUGUCCUAAAAGUUUAAGCUUUCACUUAAAUGACUAUGAUCCAUCGGUAGUCGCUCGAAAUGCGAUCUUGCUCGAAGUUGCCAGUUCGAUAAAUACCGAUGUCUCAGAUGAUGUUGAUUUCUUGUGGAACACCUGGUACAACAUGACGCUUUCUGAAGCACAUUUUGCCAGGCUGCAACGGAUUCUUUCAGAACUGAUCGACAAAGGUUUUGAUAGCGACGAAUUGACUGUCUUAAAGUUUCAAGAUAGUGCUGUCCUUAAAGAGUGUCGUGAUAUUUGGAAUGACUGGGUGAAGCUUGACCUUAACGUAAACAGUGUCAAAGAAGAAAGGAGCAAGUUUAUAGAGAACGAUAGGCAAAGAAGAGGCUUCACAAUGGAAAAUCAAUGCCUUGGUGUUGUAACGAAAAUGGAAAUAGGAAUUACAGCGCAUGAAGACGGAGACGAAGAUGUCUCAUCGCCAGAAAGGAUGUUUUCAAUUCAGUUUAACCCGGAAAUAAAGCAUUGGUUCAUUGAGGGGUCCACGAGCGAUGACUCGAAUAAAGUGAACCCAACCUUGAUUCGCCCAUUUGUUCACAAGUGGAAGCAGCAUUAUGGAGCGUGUGCCUUUGAUGGUUACCUGCCAUUUGACAAGUGAGUACCAAAUCCUCGAUUUCUCCCGUUUUCUCGUGCCUGGCCAUGGUCUUCUGCAAUAAAACGAGUGAAACACGCGAGAGCGCGAGACACGUGGGUAACGUGCGUCGCGUCAAGUGGGGGAGGGGCGAUUUUCUGUACACUUGCGCGUUCCACUCGCUCAGGUAUCUCUACAUUCGUUUUCAAAGUUUGUAUUUAGGCCGGGAAAGAAAAAAGUAAGUUAUACCACAAAACCGUUUGUUCUAAUUACAAAGCCUAGUUUGGGCGCGAUCCAUUCAACCAAAACUCCAACCGGUCCGACGGGGAAAAGUGGUCCACCUCAAAAGGUGGACCCGUUUUUCCGAAACUUUUCCGGUUGGACCGAACCGAUUUUUGGCUUAAUGGAUUGCGCCCAAACACCAAUCCAGUAUUCCCACGGACGGGUCGGACGUUGCUGAAAUAGAGAGGAGAAGUGUGACGUCACGUUACCACGGUAGCACUUUUUCUGAAUGACAACAAAACCAACGACGACGGCGAAGGCAAGGAGAACGGCAAAAAAAUAAAAUGUUUAUAUUUACAAACAACAAAUCUGCACGUGAAUCACGCUAUUUUGUACAUUUGUUUGCCUUCGUUGCACCACUACGACAUGAAACUUCCUUAUGGAGCGGGCGAACACAGUGCAAAAAUUGUCGCUUUCUUUUUCUAAAUUUAGAUAACAAUAGGUACGAUCCCAAAGAAAAUUUCGCCAAGAUUUGGCAAAUUAAAUAAAAUUUAAUUUGGUCGGUGAAGUUUGAGAUAGUGCGAAUAGACUUUAAAGUGAUUUUAUCGGUUUGUUAUCAUCCAAAAAUUUUGCUACCAUGGCAACGUGACGUAAGGACUUCUCCUCUCGUAGCCUUGCUAAAAAAAUCUUCUCUCUCGUUCCGCGCAAAACGUCCCCGUUUUCGCACGCUACUGCUGGAAGGUUUCAGUUGGCAUUUGAUCGAGGUGUGUAUUCUGACAAACACAAGAAAUCAGAAGAGUGUCUGCUUUUUCCUGAUCCACCAUACAUUUAACUUUUACUGUGUGAGAAUUUCUGUAAAUGAUAUCCGAAAACGUUUGGGUACCCUGAACGGAGUAGUCGCCUGUACAUUAUCACUGAUCUGCAUCAGGAGUUCCUUACUGCAUUACUGAAUGAUGUAAAAUGCAGUGAAUGUUUUUUUUGCUUGCGUUUCUAGUUUAAAGUUGAUCGUUCUUUUGCAGACAAGACCUUCUUCGAUGCAAAACGUUAACAGAUGCCUGUAAAGAAAGCUUAAAAUUUCAAGUAAAAUGCUACCAAAACUAUAAAAAGAGUCACUCAUUGAAGGUAAGAUUGUCUAUCCGAAAUACUGGGCAAUAAAAUUACCAUCAUGAGUGAUUUAGCUGUCUGAACAGCCUUUCAUAAUAAUAAAAUCUUCAGGCCACCAUAACAAGAAAUUUGUUGCUAGAAAAUAUACAAACAUGUAUCUUAAGUAAAGUUUUACUGUCAAACUCACUAAAACAAUUAGGCGCCGUUCACACGUAUACGGAUAUUUUUUAAUCCACAACUUUUUCUUUCCGAAUUCAAAAAUUUCCACGUCCACACCGGAUUCAAAUCGAAUUCACCCAUCCACACUUAUCUGACAAGUAUCCUGAUUCACUCUAGUAACGAAUUCAUGAGAAUAAAGUUAAAUCCGGAUUUUUAGGAUUUAUGAGCCGUGCGUUUUUAAAGCGGGCAUGGAUCCGAGAAAAUUUCGUCAAAAAUAUAAGAUCCGCAGAUUCGUUCCCGUUUUAGCAACGGCGAUGACAGCAAAAAAAAAAAAAAAAAACAGAAGACGAAUUCGCGAUUUUUCAAGUAGCGAUUGCUCCGGCUUGCUUAAGAAAUCAAACUUAGUCUAAUUUUUCUGAAGAUGAGUUCUUCUGGCCGCACCAAAGUUAUAGAAAGGGCUGAGAGAAAAUUUCGUCAUCUCUACGUCAUCAGUGUGUUUGCGUCCUUCAUUAACACAGGCUUUCUUUUUUAAUACUGCGGAAGUUGCGUAGUAACUGCGAUUAUCUUCUUUGCGUUUUCUUCUUUAUUCUGCAGUUCCAAUAUAUAAAAUUCAUAUAUCCAUAUUUCAUUAGCAAGUGUGCUUUUCAAAGGUCAAUGAAAACAGACGUUUUCUGCGUGACUCGAGACCUGUUAGACUUGCUACAAGUCGACCUCUUGGCGAGCGGAGCGAGCCUUUUUAGGCGGCGAAGCGGCCCACCGAGCGACGAAGUCGCGAGAGGUUGUCCAUCAUCCCGCGCCAUAUUAUUAAGCAAUGUUGGGUAUGCAAAGGCAAAUUCCUUCGUAUUCGUAACGGUUUUGUGCAACAACGGCAAAGAAAAAUGUGAUACACGAGCAAAGUUGUUUCGCGUAUUAAAUCUUUUCUUUUUUGACUUCUCGUUGCUGUCGCCUUCGUCGUUGCUUAAACUCUGCAAAAGAAAUCGUGCGAGCCUGAUUUGUUGCGUUUUUUGGUUCUGUUCCGUCUUUGUUUAAAGGUUAGCUUUUGGACUGGCGAUGCUCUUUCUCUGUGUGCAAAUGGUUUCCCUCCAGACCUUGCAUUUGAUGUUAUUGACACCAGUAAUGUUGGUGACCAUAUUGGCCUGCUCAAUGUCCUUGUUUGUUGUGCACCAAGGCUGAAAGAGUAAGUUCAAUGCUCCAUUAUUUAGCUAACUGUUUCCAUUUUCUGCUUGUUGGCCUCUACCGUUCAUUUCUUAUCGUCCCAUUAAUUUUUUUCAUUUGAUCGGUGGGUCAACCUUGCCAUUCGAUGCUUCUGUAACAAGGUUUUGUCCAGGUAGGAGAGUUUUAGGGGAGGGGUAGGUGGGCAGUUUCCCGGAAACGUAUAAUGAUCAAGUAAACCUAUUUAAAUUCUGGAAAGGAGGAAAUCCAAAUUAGUCUGUACUCUACCCUUUGACCUGUCCAGCAUGGUUGAUUCUACCAGGAGCUAGUGCCCCUGCUGGCAUACAGGUUGCUGUGUAGCACGCACGCCACCACACAAGAUCACACAACGACAAGGAAUUGAUAAUGCGGACCAUAACAUGCAGACCAUGGAAAAAUAGCGCGGAUAAAUAUAUCGUAAUCGGGUAAUGUAUGAUCACACAACUGGUUUUAGUAGUGAGAAAUGUUUUGCUAUGUUCAAUUUCCAGACCAAACACAUCACUUUUGUACACCUCGAGCAUUUUAUGGGAAAAAAGCUGUCAAAGUAUUGAGGACUUUUACAACAAAUCAAUUGGUGUUCCAGUGCAACUUCUUCCUACUAUUCUUGGUUUGAAGCUGGCUGUUAAUCUAGAUCUUGGUAGCAGGUACCAACGUUUGUUUGUAGAUCGUUUUCGGCAGUGCCAUAAGAUGUUUUCAUAGUCAAUGCCAACUGGAGUAUUUUACAAUUUUCAUGGGUUUAUGUUUUCCUCCUAUUGCACCCCAGGGAAUAUUUAAGGUGCAGGGCUCCGUCAUUAUAAGGGCGCAGCGAACUAUGACUACGAACCUUUUGUCAUAAAUGUUUUCGGUUUUAACGCGAUGGCUACAAAAGUUUGAGAAGCACUUCAGCCAUCACCAGCUAUCAUAUCAUCAUGCAGCCAUCGUGAAAGUCCAGCUGUUUUGUUUUUGAAGAUAAACUGAUAGACCUCUUCGCUUAUGUCAAAUAUGUAGUUAUGUUUGGGUUCUUUCGAUUGGGAAAUCCUAUAGUUUUGGAAAUCGAGGGAUUUUUCCGCAGGCAAGAAAUUCGUCACAUGCAUGAUGCAUUUUAUGAAUUUAUUUCAAAAACUAAGGUGAAAAAGGUCCAUUUAUAGAUUUUAUUGGCAGAGGCUAUGCGCGAAGUUCCUUUUUAAGAAUCUCAUCCAAACAUCUAUUUCUCAAUGGGAAGAACCCUUAAAUCUGAUUAGCUUUUGCUCUUUCUGUAGUAAACUGCCGGGCAGCUUGGAGUCCAACGAGGAGAUUCUCUUGUGGGUAAAAGCGGAGCCUAAGAGGACCUUGCUGACAAUAGGUUAAGUUACAUCACCAAAGAGAAAUGCUAGUUGUUGGCCUAGUGUUUAAAUAAAUCCCUAGAUCAGGAAAACACCAAAGCCUACGUAUACACCUCUAUUGCGACUGAGCUCAAGUUCUUUACAAGUUUUUUUUCUCUUUUUUCACGGGAUAGAAGGCUGUAAAAUCCCGGAUAUCUUUUCCGAAAAGCCUCGAUUUUGCCAUAGGACUUCAAAGAAAAAAUAAGAAAGUUAUCAGCUGUUCUUGCAACCAACAACCGGUUGACCAGCCACUAGUAGUUGACCAGCAGCAACAGUGGCCGGCCGUCUUGAAGAUCCGCUCAUCGAAGUUAAGGAAGGUGUUCAAAGGAGAGUAGCGCUAGCAUUAACUCGAAAGUUAUCGUCGAUGCAUUGAUAAAAAACUUUCAAGUUUAAAAAGGCUUUAAAAACGCUUUCCGUGGAACGCAAAUUGUCAACAUUCUUGUACGAAGUUUUAGUGCAACAAUCACUAAAAGAAUCGUUGUAUAUAUCGUGAAUAUGAAAUUGUUUGCCAAGAGGGCUUACGAUGUCGAAAUUAAAUAGAAAUUACACAGUAAUUUUUCUUUACGCUUACAAUCACAGAUGAAAAUGGUGAUGUUGCUCAGGCCUUCCUUCGCCUUGCUGAACGGUGCUUCAACUUAUUUAAUGAACCUGAUAGUAAAGAUGGAAUAACGUUGUCUUCGCCGCUGACUUUCCUCAGAAUUGUCCGUCAGAUACAACCUCUGGUCAGGGGCGGAGGUAAGACAGACAGUGGUGUUGCGCUACUCCAGCUUUCCAUGCAGACGUUCUCAAGGAACGAGCGUCAAAUCCCUAAGAACGUUAGCCUGUGAAAGCAGACGCCUUUCUCGGCUCUUGUUUUACCCGCCGAGAAAGUGAAGUCUUCUUAAUCUUCCUCCAUGCAUUUUAUUUCCCACGUAUAGCGAGACUCGCACGCAAACCCCACGCGUGUUACCUCCACAAAAUAGAUAAGAGCCGAAUUAAGUUUCUAAGAGAAGGACGUACCGACAACAGUACUGACAAUUCACUGUUACCCGUCAAUAUAUAUUCAGUGACGUUUACCUCAUUUCAUGUUGGAAAUUCCAUAAAAGUACUUUCUUUUUAUUUGUGCUCUAUCUCUCUCGGCUGAUAUCAAAUCACAAAAUGGACGCCCAAUGAACAAGAAAUAAAUGUUAAUUGUUUCUUUUGCAAACGUUGUGUGUAUUUGUUCCUUAGCCACAGCCCUUCUCAAUCUUCUUGAAAGUAAGCUACCCUCCGACUUCAACAAAAAGUUUGGUCUCUCGUGGAAUUUGGUAAAAGCCUCAGUAGGAAGUGAACGAGGUAGGAGAAAAUUUCGCUUUGUUUUCGAAAGGGAUACACCACCACAUUUUUUUUUCAGUGACAUUACCAUUGAAAAUACCAGAGCGUAAUUUAUCGGUAUAUUCUCUUUUCCCCUCAGAGCCUAUCGUUGAAAUAAAAGUAUCGACCCCAAUAUCCGUCGUCGUUCCUCGGUUUAAAGGAUCGCUUAAUCUGAUGGCUUGCAUUGCUAACCACAAACCGUUUGAAGAGGGAGAGUUUCCUACAAAUGCCUUGGUAAAUAUAUUUCUAUUUAUUUAACAACAUACCCUCAUGGGGACUUUUUUUGAUCGGGAAGUCAUUAGCUCGAGUUUUAGUGUAGUGAUUUCACGGCAGCUGUUGCAAAAAUUGAUGCUCGAAUAGUCAGCGGAAGAGAGAACGCAAAAUAAUUGGUAUCUGUGUUUUUUUUGUACAGUAUUUUUCGCCAUCACCCGCCUAGUACUUUUGUAAUAAAGUGUUGUGGUUAAAUUUAAACCUUCUCUUCGUUAUCAUAGGAUUUUUUAUUUGGUGCACAUUUACUUUCGGAAGAUACCGACUAUUCACUAAUUUACAACAGCGUACGAUAUGACGACACCGCUCAAAUGGUGACGUUCCAUCUGCGAGAAAAGGACUGGAACGACCUAAAGUCGAAUUCCUGCAUGUGGAUUGCCUCCAAUGACCAUGUUCCAAUUCCAAUAAUUAAACAAGAGAAAGUUUUUCUGGGGAGUGAAAGUGUUAAGGCCGUUGAACAGGUUGACCCUGAAGAGAAAUUUGGUUUGUUCGCUGUGCAGACGUUUGAGGUUGAAUCGUUCAGCGAUUGUGAAAUUCUAAAGGUACGUUCUGGCUAUCAAUACUGGUGUUAAAAUUGCUGUCUACCGAUAACUGCACUAUGUAAACGCACAAGAAUUAAAUGUACUCUAGUAAACAACUAAACAGAACCUGCCACCACUUAAAUUAAGCCCAAAAUAUGUCUAAUUACUUGACCCAGGAGAGAAAACUGAUUUUGAGACAAAUUACAGCUAGUUAAAAUUCUAUUAGGUUACUCAAUAUGGACUCAAGAAGCAGGCUCAGAAAAACGCUGAUAUAUAAGUGCUAUCAUUACAGUUAUGGGAUAUUUUGUCAUUAGAACAGUUGUUUGCCAUUAUAUAGUUCUAAUAUUGAGGUACCGAAAACUGACCUACUUUAGCUGAAAAUUGUUGCAAGUUAGUGAGACUACCCAAGCUGUUGACGAACAUGUACCACUGGCCUUCGUUUUUUAUUUUUUUUAAAGAAGGAUUUCAAACAAAAUUAAUCUGUCUGUUCUAUAUAGGUUUUGAAGGUCCAGGAAAACACUUCUUCAUACAGCGCAGAGCUUGAAAUUUUGGAUGCGAUCAAAUGUAAAGGAAAGGAGAUGAAGACUAGAUUUCUUCCAGACAUUUGUCCGAAUAAAGUUGCAGUAUACUUCCAAGGAGCCGAAAGGUGGGAUACCUACCUCCUUCCGAUAAUAGAAGGUUCUUGUGAACUUGAAAAUACCCUGCGUAGGUGGCGGCAUUGUUGUAACCGGGAUACUCUUUUUCUUGACUUUCUCCCAACCCUCUCGAGGCUACGCCGCCAAAGAAGAACCUACAACAUCCCGCCAGCAACGCAACUUGGCUAGAAUUAGAAUCCUCAGAAUCAGGCAGGUAAUUUUUCGUCUAAUUCCGGCGGGCAAUCACGGAUUGUUGUCGAGAAAAAUGCCACUUGUUAGUAGUCAUUAAGAGAAAAGAGCAAUUCAUGGUUCAUAAUGCAUUUAGUUUAUAAUACAUUUCAAUGUAUUAUAGUGAAUUAAUUAACGUGAUGUGCGUAACUAUUUUAUAAAUAAAAUUCUUGGCUCAGAGUUGUAAUGGUCAAUAGCAAGACGUCAUUACUACUUAUGCGUGUGUGGCUCUCUCUUAAGUUCUUUUAGUUAAUUAUUUAAAAAGAUCUAAACGGGUGAGCUGAGCAAUUAUUUGAAAAUGUCAAACUAUGUUAAUGGUCUUUCAUAGGGAAGAAUGCAUCAUCCACUUUUCUUGUGUUGUCGAAGAGAAUUCUUCAAAGUUCCGAAUUUCGCGUAAGCAAGGAACAAUCCAAUGCCACAUUCCGAAGAGAGAGGAAGGAACCGUGGGUGAACUGGUGAUACAAUGUCCAGCUUCAAUUCCAUUUCACGUCAUGCCAUUAUGGGAUCUAAAACGGAGACACUUACUUGUACAGUAAGUACAGCUGUUGCCUUACUUUACGUUAUCCGAAAGAAUUAAUAAUUUUGGACUCCAUGUUUAUGGAUUCCGGAUUCCACGGGCGUCUGCAUCCCAGAUUUUAUUUUCUAGCUUUAAGCAUUUCAUCGCAUUAUUUAUGUAACAAAUUUUCGUUUAAGGAAGCUUUUUCACCAACAGUGACGUUUUAGGGUGCCUGAAAAAUUUCAUUUUGUAUAACGUAAGUAAAAAAAAAUGUUAGAACUUUCUGCGGGGUGCGGGGUGCCAACGAUUUCCAUCGAUGUUUUUUUACACCAUUUCCACCAAAAUUCUGUCUCUUCAUUAAUUAACUGCUUCUCACUUGGACACAGCUUAUUUACUUGAUUUAGUAAAAAUUUAUUUCUACGCUUAAAGGUUAGGCCAAGUCACUGGUAAUAGUAAAGUGUCUACUGAUGAAAACUUCUUAUUCCCCUGUACUUUGAUAAAGCAGAAUUUUUGGAAAAUCCAACUGAGAUGGCGGCCAACGUGGAUGACGUAAAAGGACUAAAAGAUGCCCAGCCUCGUCAAAUCCCGUAUUAUUGACAACACAGCAGAGGCCCAAAGGGCAGUAAAAAAGGGCAUGCAAAAAUCCCUCGGUACCAUCGCCGCGGUAUACCGGGGGUUAGAUUUGUUGAUUUUGUGUAACAUGGGACACCUAUUUAUAUUUCAAGUAAUUACUUUUCAAUUAAUCUAUGCCCCCUCAGUUUCCAACAAAACGUUGUGUGAAUGUCAACUCUCCAUACCAAGUCAUCAGACACUAUACAUGAAAGAUACCUCCAGCCUUCUCUUCUCUUUUUGAUUUAUUUGACUUUCGAUCUUCAUUGUAGAUUAUGUGGUACAAUGUUUCGGACCAAGCAAGAUUUCGAACUAAAGUCUCGAAGAUCAAGUGGUCCACCAUUUUUUGACCUGAGAGAGAGCAUUUCAAGAAUUCUACAUGGGCACAUACAAGACCCAAAGGUUCGACAAGAAGAACUGUUGUGUAUUUUUGUUGAAGUUAAAAUACAUGGCUGACUGGCUACCCGAGCGGGCAGGAUUAGCCAUCCAAGCAAUAAAAGAAUGAAAACCUUUCUUGUUCGUCCACGAUAGCUGGAUAUUGGCCUCAUUUUUUCUUCAUCAUCACUAAGUAUCCGAGAUAAAUUCUUGUAUACUUAAACUCGGUAUCAAAGCAUUGAUGCUGCUGUUAUUCGCCACUACUUUUAAAACACUUACUUUUCAUAGAUUUUUUCUUUGCUUUUUCUUGACUUUAUAACAAUAUUUUGCACAUUUUUACACAUAAGUCAGGUCAAGGAUGGGAUCUUUUGAAAUCCACAGAAUCGUUCUUCACAUAAGAUCAAGCUUUGACUUUAAAAAGCGGACACGUACCUUAAUAACCGAUCAAAGUGCAUCAAAUUUACUGCCUUUUAUCACCAAAUAAUAGCGUUUUUUUUCUUUUUUUUAGCAUCCUACGGUAUAUUGCCUUGAUGAACGUGGGAUCAUCGAAGACCCAUAUCAGACACCAAACGACUUUGCAAGGAAAAGAGGAUUUAUGAUCAAAGUUCUGGGGUUGUACAAAUGGAAGAACGUGCCUGUUGCUAAAGUACUCUUCUAUGAUUGCGAAAAGUAUGCCUCCGAGAUUCUUGAUGCAAAGACAUUCCCGCGAGUAUGGCGAUCCUGGCCUCUAACCUAUCCACACAAGGUGGAACGCAUUGUUACUGAUCAGCAGGUUGGUAGGUUGUUAUAUAUCAUUGAGGGCACAAUUGGGAAUGGGAUGCCGUAUGAUACCAGGGCUGUCAACUCUCCCGGAUAAUCCGGGAGACUCCAGAUUUUAAACCGUUUCUCCCGGUCUCCAGAUUAGAGUCUGAAAUCUCCCGGAUAAUCGCCGAAUUUUGCCAUUUCUUGUAGAUUCGACUUUCUGACAAUGAAAUUUCAAAUAUUUUGCGUUGUUUGAGCUAUUUUUCUGUUAACAUUGAACGUUUCCUCACAAACUCCGGUAUGCCAUUGUAAUAUAAGCAAUGAUGUGAUUGGUGGGAAGUAAACCAAUUAGGUCAAAUGUUACAAUUAAAACAACAUCUUUUUCGCGCGUUUUUCUUUCCAAAAAAUGACGUCAUGUGCCCUGCAUUAUGACGUCAUCUAUUACCCACUUCCCAUCAAUUCUCAAAAUUUGAAGACGUCGGGGGUUGACAGCCCUGUGAUACGCCUCAAGGUUCUUGGACAUUAUAUCGCCUAACACUGGCAAUAAGUACGGCGGGGUUGGAAGAUAUGAUGUAGCAAGUUUGUGCUUUCGUGUUAAAUGGCGUUCGCGUGUCGCACGUGUCAUAGAAGACUCCAUAUUGGAAAGUUGUCAACCUUGCCACCAGAACUUUUCUCUCACGCUUCUGAAGGAAAAGCCCUGGGGCAAGUUUGGAAGAUACUGACAAGUUACUUAUUUCCAACAAAUCGUGUCUAACUGUAGUCUCCCUCGCAGCCGUUUUUUGGAUGUCAUACAACGCUCCCCACUAAGAGAAAGGGCCCGGAAUUGCUCGAUCUGGCGUAUGCGAAUACGUUUUUCCUUGGUGUAAACGCUUAGGGCUAUGGGAAGGGUUUCGUUCUCCCAAAGGUGCCUUGCGCCGUUCGAAAAUUCGUUUCCGAGCUUGCUUCUCUCUCCACCUUAGUACGAGACAGAGCUGACAGUGAUGACUUACUCCCACGCGUUUAACAGUGAAUAUCUUCGUUUUGGUUUGUAAUUGGAUCCCAUCAUUUAAGCUCAGUCUGUUAUGAUGGGUCAGAAUUCUCUGAUCGACUUUGCCCUUACGAAUGGCAGAUAAACAAGGUUUUGAUACAUUUUAACAUUUAUUCAACAGGAGAAGAGCUUGCUUCGUAAACUUCUGUACACAAAUGCUGCAAGAGUUACUCAAGAUAACGAUUUUUAUGCGUGGAAGGAUUCAUUUCUCUGCCUUUUAUUUCCCAGAGAACGUUUCCCAUUGUCGGGUUAGUAUAUUCACUAUCACUACUCAGUAACCUCGUUCCCAGGGUUCUUUCUCUUGCUUAUCGGGAUAGAGGUUAUAUCACUACAGAAGCAUAUGCUUCUAAUGACUACCUUCUCUUUUCCAUUGUGCCUGUGACGUGAUCGACGUUCUCUAUAUAACGUCUUUCAUACAUCAGUGCGAUUUCACCUCCAAAAGAGGGAAUAAACGAAACGACUUUAACUGAGAGUCUUUAAGACAUUUUACUACAGCUAACUAUCAUACGAGGCAUUUCUUUUAUUAUUAGGGACAAAGAUAAGACAAGAUAUUUUGCUUCCUUAACCAGGAUUUAUUCUGUUCUCUCUUGCUCAGGCUUCGUGAAAGAUGCUACAAACCUGCUAUUUCAUAAUGUACUUUUAAGAAUGUUUCACAAUUACAGCGUUAUUUACUUCGUGCUGUUCAUCUCGGAAUAUUUAAACUUGUGUUAUUCAAAGAAAACUAUUUUUGUGUUCUGUCAAAUCUAACGAAACUUAUUCUAAUGCUGAUUCUAUUUCUAAUGUCACAGAAAAGGAGGACAAGGAAAGGAAUAAUGUUUUGUCUCCAAAUGCAAGAUCAACUACACCAGAGUCUCUUCAAGAUAAUCCUUUUGAGCUCCCAACAAACUCGUUGCACAGUGGAAAAAUGGGCCCCUGGUCUACCGGGAAUGAUCGUGCCUCCGACUGUAACCCUCCCCAGGGGACAGCUUCAGUCAAAGUGCCAAAAUGUGCCUUUUGUCAAAUACAUAAAAGCGAUUUAAAGAGAUGUUUGGGCUGUGAGAAAGUAUCGUAUUGCGGCAGGAUAUGUCAGAAACAGCACUGGAAAGUUCACAAGCCGGAAUGUCGACAAGCAGGCAAUAAGGAUACCAGAUUCGACAAUCGCCCUUAA